CGCCGCCUUGCCGUUCCUCGUCGGAGCCGCCGUCUCCGCCGGUCUGCCGCCGCCCCAGCCAUCCAUCAAAACCCCCCUUCUCCGGAGACGGCGAGCCCCACCGCAUCCGCCCCCCACCCCUAAGUUUUUCCUCGCCUGCGCCUGCACCGCCGCGGCGAGCCGCGUCGUUGCCGCUCCGGCUAGGUCUCCUCCUCGCCUGCACCUGCGCCGCCGCGGUGCUCUCCAAGCGCUGGGCUAACCUCCUCCGCGAGCUGCCCAUUCUAGAUCUCAGAGCGUCGAUGCAUCCUCCGUCACAGCGAAGCCUCAUCGCUGCAGCUGCUUCCUGAAUCUUCCAGGGGGCUGACCGCCAUGACCGGGCGGUACGAGCGUCGCGCCAUGCGCAACAUGGAUGCCUCCGUCAAGCGACUGAUCUUGGCUAGCAGGGCAGCUCACCGGCGCCGGCGUGUGAACAAGCUAUCGCUCGAGAUCUUCGCCUGCAGCACCUCUCCCUGGAUAUACCGCUAGGUGGACGCCGUUGAUUCCUGGGGUGUCGAGGAGCCAAUCGAAUUUCUGCCUCCGGUCUACAGAUUCCACCAUGGUCGCAUCAGCAGAAAGCCGGCGAGUCCCACCUGCGAAGCCUCAAGCUUGUCAACUGCCUGCCCCUGCUGCUUCAGGGGUUCGGCGCUCUCACCACACUCGCCCAACUCCAUGACUGUGACCGUCUACUACGGUGUAGUUGCUGCUUGGCUGCAGCUUCAAAUUCUGCACCUCGUGUCCUGCCGGUUCAAAAAUCCUCCCAUGAGGCUGGUAUUGACGCCCCCAUGUCAGGAUUCAGGGAGCUUUGCCAUUGACUGCGGCCACUUGUUGAGGUCGGUUGAGUUCUGCUCUCUCCCGAAACCUGAGAGCCUUACUUCAUCGCACGCCUCUGUGCAGUUGGCCUCUGACGCAGCCCCAUGCCUUGAGAAUGUGAAAUUUGUCUUCGUUGGUGUCCCAUAUGAAGAACAGAGUUUAUCUGUCCUAAAUCGCUGGACGCUAGACAACAUCUAUUGCAUGCUAAUGCGGUUCUUUCGAAGUGCCCAUUGCAUGACGGACCGCUCAGAAGAUGCAGUCCUCAGGCUUGCUCAGCUUCUUUUUCUUUCUCCUUAGUUAUGAUCUUAUUGUGUGCUUGGAGCCGUUCAUAUUCUAGAUCAACUACGUCAACAGCGCCAUGCCCCGUUGCAACAGCACAAACUUUGUACAAUCCUCCUAAAAUGGCCUCUUCAGAAACUGCUAGCUCAGUUAGUGAAAGCAGGGUUGAAACAUUGCCCUGCACUACCCGAAGAGCUUCCAUUUUGCAAUUCAGGUGAUCCUGGCAUAGUGACAUUCAACAGAAAUGUGUUCAGCGAUCCACAUUGGAGAAUAGCACAACAAAACAAGGCAUAGAUUUUUACAUUUUAAUUAACCAACAGAUCUUUUCGUACUAUGUGCACAGACUAAUCUGGCCCUAUGCUAUGUAACUGAAAUCUUCCUGUUACUUUCUGCUGCUUUAAAUCUGAACAUGCUGAAUAAUGAGGUCAGUAUGUUGGAGUGUCACUGUUUGCAUAUAUCCCUAAAAUUCUAGUUUAUGGACUUCAUUAGCGAAGGUGCUAAAAUUAGACGGCCACCAUGCACUGAUGCUGGAUUGCUGGUAAGUGCCCUACCUUGUCUAUGGCUUGCUUUCCUGCACUAUUUUGGCAGGUGCUAGGGCAGAUGGGGCGCUAAUUGAAGCCUAAUUUGAUGUUGCAAGUAGUUGAACCUCACUGUUUCUUUUCUGUGUUAAAUUGCUACUAUUAAAGUACUUUCUGUUUUUCUUAACAAAAACUACUUACACUCCAUUGGGAUAAAUCUGUACUAUUUAGAGUGCAACCACUAGAUGUCCUUUUGUGUCUCAAAGAUUAGUUGGAUGCCUGAUGUAACAUUUUUUUUAAUUCGGGGAUUCCCAUAUCCUUCUAAACAAAGUGGACAAAGAUAAAAGAUGCUACAGGAACCAGCUUCUUGGGCACACUAUCUUCCGUGUUAAGAAAGAUUCACUAGGUUUGGUAAUUGUGAAAUUUUGCUUAAUAUAUGAUACACCAUUUCUGAAUAGCAGUCAACUAUCUUGCAUUUCCGCAGAGGAGGAAAUGCAGUACUAGGAGGUAGCCUAUGAUGGUAGUUGGUCUGGAGGUACAUGCUGGCCAGAAAGGUUAGUUCAUUAUUCACUACGCACAUUGUAUUUUUGCAGACUUUUUUGCUUCAUAUACUGUGCGGGAAUUGGGUGAUACUUUCUUCACGGGUCCAAUGAACUUUUGUGAUGGAUUCUUCUAAGAAUGUGUCCCUACAAAAAAAUCUAAAAUCAAAUUGUCUGCAUCUCAAUAUAUGCUAAAGAAAAGCAAAGUAUAACAUAAAAUUAGCAAUCCUGUUUAGCUAAUUUGAAAAUUUGUUAGGAAAUUAUAAGUUAAUGAUAAGCUGCUGAAACUUGGCAUGUUGUACGUACAAGUAACUAGUUGAAUUACAUGUUUUAUAUGAUUCCAUUCCUUGUAAGUGACCAAUUUAACUUCAAAUAUGAUUUCAUUCCAAGUCAAUUAUCAUCAUGAUUGAUGUUAUGCGUCACUGUGGUUUCCUGUAAUAGGGCUGUAUGCUGCCAUCACACACCCCAAAGAUACCGCAAACAAUAGUUUGAAAUUAGCAACAAUGUUUUCUCCUUCUGAAUUUACAGCACUGCACGCCUGAUACAUCUAGACAUCUAGUUGCCACAUUUCCUUAACUUACAUUUGUUUCUAUUUUCUGUUACAAAAGGAAAUUUACUGAAAACUUAGUUAUUUCACCAUCUAUUACUAACCCACAUCCAAAAACCCCCUGACAGUAACUCAGGAAUUAGAAGUCGAAAUAUAUUGGCUAACUUUAGUACCAUUAUGAUGUUAAAGGAAGCGUACUGUGAACAACAACAAAAAACCAGUGAAGGAAGCAUGUUAAAUCAGUACAAUGGAAAUUACUCCCUCCGUCCAUAAAUUCAUAAAUUGAUGUUGAAGAUUUGUCUAAAUUCGGAUGUAUCUAUACACUACAAAGUGUCUAGAUACAUCAAAAUUUAGACGAACUUUUGGCAUCCAGUUAUGGACAGAGGUAAUACUAUAUUUGUACCAAAAAAUUAUUUACAACGAUUUGAAAUCAACUGUUUGUAAGAUGUUCCACUUAGGAUAUUUUGUAAUGUGGAGAAAUAUAAUGAAGAGAGUGUGAGGUUGUUGUCAAUAAAUUUGUAGACAAUUUGUAAAUAGACACCUUAUAGACAGGUUUAUGCCCAUUCCAUGAAUGCUUUCUAUUAUUUUGCAAUAAAGAACUAUGAGCACUUAACAGACACUUUCAACCAGAUGCGGGUCUCAUCAUAGCCAAACUGAACCUAGAUGGUUCGGUUAUCUAAGGAGGGAGUUACAUGCUGAACUGAUUUGUUCCGGAUAACGUAUUAACUACACAUCUUAGUUUAAUUUUAGUUUCAACUUUUUAAAACAUGUUUCCAUGUUCUAUUAUUUGUGUGUGUAUCAUUUUAUUUGAUCUAAUGUGAUUGUGUUACUUUUUCACAUGUAUGCUCUAAGAAAACACUGAUAGAAUAACAAAAAAAUACUGAUAUAUGUGUGCUUUCCUUUUCUGUGGGACAUUGCUUGACACUCAUCUUUUCCUUUAUUCUUUUUUUGUGGGGAACAUCUUGCUUGAUACUUGUGCCCAGCAGACACCUUGCUUGAUGCUUAAGUAAAAUUGUUAUCUUCAGAACAAAUCAUGAACAUUCCCUAAAUAGGCUUGAUGCUCAAGUGAAAUUGUAAUCUUCAGCACAAACGAUAAAACACUGGAUUUUUCUACUAUAUAUACCGCUGUCUCCGAUGCUCAUUUCAUCCAUCAGCGCUGAAUAAUACUUCUCCCUCUUCACGAAGUGAGGAUUAACGAUCUAGGACGCAGGAGCCAUGGCUGCUGUCCUGGAUGCUUUGGUGCCGUAUGUGAAGAAGAUGAUCACGAGCAUGGCAGAAGAAGAGGUCCGUAUGCUGAUGGGCGUAUCCGGCGAGAUCAAGAAGCUGGAGGUCAACCUAGUAUACCUGCAGGGCUACCUUGCCGAUGCAGAGAGAAGGCGCAUCACCGACAAGAGCGUGAAGCUGUGGGUGGGAAGACUCAAAGAUGCCAUGUACGAGGCCACCGACAUCCUUGAGCUCUGUCAGCUUGAGGCCAUGGAUCAGCGAACGGAGGAGCGAAGCAGGGAUGCCUCCAACUCCAGCCGUUUCUGUUCUCUCGUAGGACAGUUGAAGAAGAAGCUGCAGGGUUUCCUCGAACCGUUUCUGUUCUGCCUGCAGAACCCUGCGUUCGCCCACGAGAUUGGCGGCCGUAUCAAGAAGCUGAAUGGGGACCUGGACAGCAUCCGCAAGGAUGCCGCUGCGUUCAACUUCGUCAACCUCGGCUUCUACGGGGAGCAGAGGAGGCCGACAGAUUCGGUCAAUCGCAGCAGGAUCAGCAAGACGACCCCAGGGUUCGAUGAAUCGGCCAUCGUGGGAGACAAGAUAGAGAUGGAUACAGAGGAGUUGGUGCAGAAGCUAAUCAGCCCCGGCCAUGAUAGCGGCACCACCAAGGUGAAGGUGGUAUCUAUCGUUGGCGCAGGCGGCAUGGGCAAGAGCACCCUCGCCAAGAAGAUCUUUGCACAGGAGGCAAUCAAAGAGGAGUUUAUAACCAGGAUAUGGCUGAGUGUCACUCAACACUUCAACAAGGCAGAGCUGCUGAGAGCCGCCAUCACGCAUGCUGGUAGCAAGCAUGGUGAGGAGAAGGACAAGUCCACACUUGAGAAGACCCUCACUGACGCUCUGUCGGCAAACAAAUUCCUGCUUGUCUUGGAUGACUUGUGGAGUGACGGAGCAUGGAAGGAGGUGUUCCGAGUCCCCGUCGUUAAUGCGGGUCGUAGACAACCAGGGAGCCGCGUCCUGGUCACCACAAGAAAUGAAGAUGUUGUUCUGAAGAUGGGAGCCCCCAGCAGUGAGCAACUCCAUGUCAGCAAACUAGAUGAUGGAGAUGCCUGGCGCUUGCUGAAAAAACAGCUGCCGCAACCAAAGGACGGGAGCGAGAGUGAUUUUGAUCAGCUAAAAGAUGUUGGGAUGAAGAUUAUUAAACAAUGUGAUGGUUUACCACUUGCUAUUAAAGUGAUGGGAGGACUUUUAAGCACAAGACGCCCAAGUGAACGUGAAUGGGAAAUUGUUCUGAACAAGAAUCUUGAAUGGAAAGAAUAUGGGUCACAAAAAGAACUGAACUACUCAGUACAUUUGAGCUACGACGAUCUGUCUCCAGAGCUUAAGCAAUGCUUUCUAUACUACUCACUUUUCCCUAAGGGUUCAGAUUUUAUAGAGGAUAUAGCUAUUAGCAUGUGGAUUAGUGAGGGGUUUGUUCAACCUGAUGAGAGAUCAGAGUCAAGCCAACUAGAUCUAGAAGAAAUAGGAAUUGAGUACCACCGUGAGUUAGUCGCUAGGAACCUGUUAGAGCCCGAUGAGUCAAGUGAGAGCGGAUGGGUCUACGUCAUGCACGAUGUUGUCCGUUCCUUUGCUCAAUUUGUGGCUAGGGAAGAAGCACUUGUGGUUCUGAAAGAGCAAACUGACAUUAGAGGUCUUCUGUCACAUAAUGAGAAAAUCCGUCGUUUAUCUAUGAAACUGACUGAUUCAGUACUAGAGUGGAAUAUACUAGAAAAGCUGGAGUCACUAAGGACAUUAGUUAUAGCCUGCAACUUUAAGCCUGGUGGUGGUUAUUCACUUGCCAGUUUUGCUAGUUUACGGGCACUGGAUAUAAGCUUUGCAGAUUGUGACUGGUUGGUUGGCUAUUUGUGUCAGCUGAGGCACCUAAGAUACUUGUCAUUCACUGCCACAGAUAUUUCUAGGCUGCCACAUGACAUCCAUGAGAUGAAGUUCCUUGAGCACAUUGGACUAUUCAAUUGUACAAAGCUGAACAAGCUUCCUGACAGCAUUACAAAACUGGGGCGUCUAAGGUAUAUUUCCUUAUAUGGGUCCAAUGUUGAUGUUGUACCGAAGGGGUUUGGUGGGUUAACAAAUUUGAGGUCAGUUUAUGGGUUUCCAGCAAACAUGAUUGGAGACUGGUGCAGUUUAGAAGAAUUAGAGCCUCUAUCUCAUCUUAGGACUCUUAAAAUACAAGGUCUAGAAAAUGUGCCUGAUGGUUCAGUUGCCGCAAGGGCCAUGAUUAGCAACAAGAAACAUCUAACCUUUUUAGACUUGGUUUGCCACAAGAAUGAGGAGGAAGAGGAAGAGAAAGAGGAGGAAGGAGGAGGCCAGAUUAAGGAAAAAGACCUGGAGCAAAUCGAGGCGGUAUUCGAUGAGCUCUGCCCUCCACCUUACUUGGAGGAUCUAUUCUUGUCAGGAUUCUUUGGUCGUCGGCUACCAAACUGGAUGUGGACGCCCAGUGCAACGGCCUUCAAGAGCUUGCUUGGUAUUACGCUAACGCGUAUGGAAUACUGCACCCAACUACCCAAUGGUUUGUGUGGGAUCCUCAGUUUGGAAAAACUGGUGAUUGACUAUGCUCCAUCCAUUGAGCUUGUUGGGCCUGAUUUUCAAGCACUUGCAAGUGGAAUUGGCAGUGGUGCCAUUGUUACAAGACCAUUCCCAAAACUGAGGAUCCUGGAGCUCCACGGUAUGUUUAGAUGGAUGAAGUGGGACUGGGAGGAGGAGGAGGGCAAAGUCAUGGCCAUGCCUGCCCUAGAUAAUCUCAGUAUCACGGGUUGCAUGCUCACCCAUCUUCCCUCAGGACUUGCUACCAGUGACAGGUAUAACCUCAGAACACUCUACCUGAGCGAGCUCAGCAUCUUAGCAUCUCUUGAGAAUUUCCCUUCGGUUGUGGAGCUCGAUGUGCUCUACUGCCCCAAGCUCAAGAAGAUCACCGGCCUCUCCAUGCUGCGGAAGGUAACCAUCAUUGGUUGCCCGGAGCUGGAGGUGCUGGAAGGUGUCAUGGUGCUCCGUAGCAUGCUGCUGGAUGAUGAGCCAUGGGAGAUUGUCGGUACACCUGCAAGGUGUACACCCAAGGGAUAUCAAGCUGGAUCGCAGGGUCAGCUCCCACACCAUCUUACUAUUAUCAGGUAGCUUUGAUCUCAGAUCUCAGAGACAACUGACAGUGAUACCAGGCAUCAGUGGGCAUCCAUCCCCAUGCUUAAGAAUGUAACAAGAGACCGUAAUAUAAGAAUGCAACAAGAGAUUGUAAUAUAUUUCUCCCUGAAGUUCUCCUUUGAGCAUUAGUUGCUGCUCAUCUGGGAUCAAUAACUCUUUUCCAGGUUUGGCUCUCGCACAGCCAGCCUCUCAUAGGCAGUUUGCCUUGUCUUAAUAUGAAUGGAUGGCUGAAUUUUUCGAUCUGCAUCGACAGUUUUCCUUGUCUACCAUUUCAAAGUUGAAUGGAUGACUGAAUCUUUCGAGACGUCAAAAUCUACUAAGGAUGUCUUAUAUUACAGAGAGGGUGGAUUGGUAGUGCCAAGUGUAUGUUCUGCAGCAAGAAUGAAUCUGUGGAGCAAUUCUUUCAUCGUCCAGCUGCUAGAUAUAUAUGGAAUGUGGUGAAAUGUGCCUUCAGUUUGAACUUGCGCCGAAUGAUUUGAGUGAUCUUCUGAUCUGGGUAAAGAGGUUUCCUGUAGAAGUUAUUGAUUAUUUCGGUAUGGAUUUCAGUGUUAUCAUGGGUUUUAUGAAAAGCUAGAAAUGAAUCUUGCUUCAAGGGGUUUAUCCUCGGGAUCCCACCGGUAUAGUUUACUCGAUUGCUUUUUAGACCUCUGGUCUGGUUUACAGAGAUAAAUUCAGAGAAAAUUACAGUCCAUAGGGGCAAAGCUACUCAUUAGCCACCCAAUUGUUUCAGGCAAGGAUGGGGUCCUAUGGUCCUCAGGAUAGCGAAUGAUUGAUGGAGACCAAGAAGAGGUUUUUGGGUGCUGGAUUCUAAGAGUUUCUGCUUAAUCCUUUUUGUAGUUUCUUGUAGCAGGGCUUAAGCUGGUUUCGGUUGGAUGUUCUUCAGGUAGACCUCGUUGUUUAGCCUGGCAGAUGUCGUUUGCACGGUUGUACCUCCUUUGCUGUUUAGGUUGCUGGGAUAGUUUCGAGGUUUCUGAGUCAGUUGUUUCUUUCUAAGAUCACGGGCGAGUCAUAGAAAAGAGUGUGUUCUGGACAUGAUACAAACUUUGUUUUAUCAGUUUCAUACCAU